AAAAUAAAGCUACUCUCACCUUCUCCUCCUCUCUUUGCUAUAUGGCAAUCCCCAGCAUCUAAACAAUGCUCUCUACGAGGCCAUGCCUCUCCUCCUUCCCCGCCCCCUCUCCUCUCCUCUCUCCUCACCUCUCUUCCUCCUCCUCCUCCUCCUCUUCUUUCUUCUCCCUCUCGAGUAUCAGGCCGCGCCGCAUCCCUUCCUUUCGGCCCCUCUCCUCGCUCAAGGAGUCCAAGAAGGUCGCGCUCCGGAAGGCCACCAAUGUCCCCCAGAACCUCAGAUUCGAUAACCGGAAGGGGAGGGACGACGGAAGCGUCUCGGAUGAUGGCGAGGGGGAGGUUGGCGGCGACGCCGCCCUGAAGGGGACCGUCCUCGCCGGGCUUCUCUUGGUUGGAGUCGUCGGGGGGUUCGGGACCGUGGGAUACCUGUACAGAGAUCAGAUUAAUGCUUUCCUUACUCAGUUCUCCGGUUUCAUCGAUGGUUAUGGGCCUGCUGGAUAUGCUUUAUUUAUUCUUGUUUAUGCUGGACUUGAGAUUUUGGCAAUUCCAGCGAUCCCCUUAACCAUGUCAUCUGGACUUCUAUUUGGGAGCUUGACUGGCACCAUCAUUGUCUCAAUCAGUGGGACGGUUGCUGCUGCUGUAGCCUUUCUUAUUGCUAGGUAUUUUGCACGGGAGCGCAUUCUUAAAUUGGUCGAAGGAAAUAAGAAGUUUUUGGCAAUUGAUAAGGCAAUUGGAGAAAAUGGUUUUAGAGUUGUUACACUCCUUCGUUUGAGUCCUUUACUCCCAUUUUCUCUAGGGAACUAUUUAUAUGGCUUGACAUCGGUGAAAUUUGUUCCUUAUGUGCUGGGAAGUUGGUUGGGAAUGCUUCCAGGGACUUGGGCUUAUGUUAGUGCUGGUGCAUUUGGGCGAGCCAUAAUUCAAGAGGAGUCAGAUGUGGGGUUGUUAGGGGGAAAUGGUCAAUUACUGACUCUUGGCAUAGGGCUGUUAUUUACAGCCCUUGCCGCAGCUUAUGUUACUCGUCUUGCAAAGGAUGCUGUAAAAGAUAUCGAAUAGGAUAACCAUUUAUUGGGCCCAAACACGCGGUAAAUGGCAGCCCCCUGAUACAGAAUGUAAUUUAUAUACUUUUAACACCUACAUAGUGGCAUCUUUUAGAUGCAACUAAAAUUCCAAAACAAUGCAAUAAUUUUGAAAAGGCAGAAUAUGCAGGUAAUGAUUUUGCAUGCA